AUGACAGAGGCGAACAGCAAGGAAGGAGGCUCCAAGCUGGUGCAGCUCAAGCCAGUGGUGAAGGAUUAUGCUUGGGGUAUCCGUGGAAUGGAUUCUCGCGUCGGUCGCUACGCGUUGGAAAGCAAGACUUUGCAGGAAAUUGAUCCUGAUUGUCCUUAUGCGGAGCUUUGGAUAGGAACCCAUGAAAAGGGGCCCUCCCUCUUGAACGAUGGAACUGAUCGAAGCUUGAAGGAAACCAUUGGCAAGGAUUUGCCCUUUUUAUUCAAGGUACUAAGUGCUGGUAAAGCCCUCUCCAUUCAGGCCCAUCCAGACAAACCCACUGCCGCCAAGCUCAACAAGGAGAAUCCUCAGGCGUAUGGAGAUGCCAACCACAAGCCCGAAAUGGCCAUUGCUCUGACUCCCUUUGAAGCCAUGUGUGGAUUUCGUCGUCUCGAGGAGGUAGCACUCCUACUCAAAAAGCAUCCCGAAUUUGCCGCCUGUAUUAGUCAGGAGGCCAAGUUGGCCGUCUUUUUGGCGGAUGAACCAGAAUCCCAGCAGAGUGCUCUUCAAAAACUAUUUUCGAGUUUCAUGAGCUGUGACACCUCCGUAUCCAAAACCAAUCUCAAAAAGUUGUUGGAUCGGCUUCAAAACGAACAGUCCACGCUCCACCUUCAUCCCCACGACGAACCAGCCUGGGAGCGAAAGUGUUCCAGGGCUAUUUUGCGCCUGGCUCAACAGUUUCCGGGAGAUGCCGGAGCCAUGUCACCCUUGUUUUUGAAUUAUCUCUUGAUUGCCCCCGGUGAGAGUUUUUUCAUGGCGGCCAAUGAACCCCACGCCUACGUGGCGGGAGAGAUUCUCGAGUGCAUGGCCUGCAGUGACAAUGUCGUGCGUGCCGGCCUCACACCCAAAUUCAAGGAUGUCGAAAAUUUGGUCAACAUGUUGACCUACACCAUGGGAGGUCCCUCCAUUGAUGUCGGAGAACCUCACACGGACGAUCAUCGCAUUUUGCGUUACACUCCACCCGUGCCCGAGUUUGAAGUCAUGAUUUUGUCCUUGGACCCUGGUGACAUGUGCAAGCUCAAGAACCCCGGAGUCCCCGCCAUUCUGUUGGUCCUCGAAGGAACGGGAAAAGUGGAUGGGCAAGUCUUGCGUCCUGGUCGUUCCUAUGUUUGGUAUACCGAGACCGAGGGGAAUUUGGACGGGGAUGCAGCCGGUGGAGCAGCGACGAUUGAUGCGGCGGUCAAGUCCAAAUUAAAGUCAUUGACGUUUACGGUCGAUGAAAUGCGCCGUGGUGCCCUCAAGGUGGCCAUUGCCCAUGUCAAUCUGCAUGUCAACCAAUCCACAUGCUUCCGUCGCGUCGAAUCCAACCAGAAUUUGUAUACCAUGCACGGAAUGUUGCCGUACAUGGGACGUACUGGAGGAACUCCUUCUCCUGGAUAUCUCAAGAGCGCCUACUCGGAUGUUACCGACGGUACUCCUGCAAUUCCUAAACUUUAA